AUGGAACAAAUUAUCCAUUCCCAUGCUCAGCAAACUCCGGGUGCAACCGCCGUUAUUGAUGGAGCAUCAACCUUCACGUACGGUGAGCUGGUUGCUGAAUCGAGCGCAUUAGCCCAGGCACUGAAGAAAGAGCUCGAUAUAUCCCUGGAGGAACCAGUAGGAAUUCUGCUCGGUCCAGGGAGGUCACAAGUCGUUGCUCAACUUGCUGUCCUUCUGGCUGGAGGCACCUGCGUACCGAUCGAGCCCUCCUUUCCAGAACGUCGCAUCAUGUCCAUGUUACAAGAUGUCCAAGCUAAACAUGUGAUUAUGGAAAUGCCUGGAACCCUGAAGCUUCGUGGAUUCAGCCAUAUCUACUUGAGUGAUGUCGAAAAGCGAUCUACCUCUGUCGUUCCCAAUUUAGGGUUUGGCCAUCGGGUCAACCGGAGCCACAUACUCUUUACAUCUGGUUCAACCGGGAAACCGAAGCCGGUUCAGGUCCAAGCAAGCAGCAUAUUGCACCUUGCCACAAAGACUCCAGUGACACCACUUUGUCCAGAAGACCGAGUGGCACAAUUCAAUAGUCCCGGCUUCGACCUCAGCCUUUUCGAGAUCUGGGUCACCCUGAUUGCUGGUGCAGCCAUUGUGGUCACUCCACGUCAUGUAGUCACAGACCCUAAUGCUCUCCCUGCGUUCCUUAGGGAGCAAGGUAUAACGAUCAUCAUAAUCACCGCGGUACUGUUUGAGACUAUUGCCUUUGCUUCUCCUGGAGCGUUCGAAUCGCUGCAUCACGUUCUCACGGCGGGUGACGUCGCCAAUGCGCGGGCGAUGAGGAACGUAUUAGAAACACGUCCUCCCCGGCAUCUGUGGAAUACAUAUGGACCUACCGAAUGCACUACUCUGACAACUAUGUUUGAAGUGACACUUAAAGACACUCACCGUGAACGUAUCAGCAUUGGACAGUCCGUGGGAGAUAUGAAAGUCAUCUUACUCGACGAAGACCAGAAGCCUGUUGUUGGCUGCGGGAGACGCGGAGAAAUUUGCAUUGGAGGUCCUCAACAAUCCAUUGGAUAUUUUGCCCAGCCGUCGGAGACUGAGAAAUCCUUCCUUCGUCUACAUAAAAGGGAUCUCGGGAUCCCGGGAGGUGAGGGCGAUCUUAUGCGUCUGUAUCGCACUGGCGAUAUAGGUGCAUGGCAAUAUGAAUCCCGUUGUCUCGACUUUCUGGGCAGGUCAGAUACACAGAUCAAGUUCCGCGGAUUUCGGGUAGAACUAGGAGAGAUUGAAUGCGUCCUGCAAUCUCAUGAGGAAGUUCAGGCGGUAGUCGUUGCUCGGCAGCCCUCACUGACAGCAGAUGGAAUGGAAGCAUUAGUGGCCUUCGUUGUCCCGAAGGACAUGGAUUCUGUACAUCCAGAGGACUUGAGGGACUUUGCUUCUAAACGACUCCCACAAUACAUGCUACCCAAUGCUAUGGAAUUUAUGGAAAGGUUUCCCUUGACAGCAAACGGAAAAUUGGACCGCAAGGCGCUGAUAGACGGCCGACUCAAAAUGCUCGAAGAACAGAAACCCCUUCAAAAUGGCACUAAAGAGAAACAAGGCAAGACGGCAGCGCUUUCUGGCCUGUGCAAGAAGAUUCUGAACAUUCCACAAAUCCACGAGCAUGAUGAUCUAUUUGCCCUAGGAGCCACGUCACUCCAAGCUGCGACUCUUCUUGCAUUGGUCCAAGACCAUCUGGGGUGCAUGGUUUCGAUGGAAGACCUUUACAGUCAUCCUACAUUAUCAAGCCUAUCACAACUUAUCGAGCUCCAGGAAUCUGGGAGCACAUGGAAUGCGCCUGAUAACACCCGGCUGUGGUUGGAAGACGUAAGUCGAGUCGAUGAUAUUGAACUACUUCCUCACUGGGAAUCCGAAGAUGAGGGAAAGGUGUUUAUCACAGGGGCUACCGGCUUUGUCGGGGCGCACUUUCUUCACCGUCUAUUUUGCAGACCAUCUGUCAAGCAAGUCGCUUGUCUGGCCCGCUCGAAGCAGAGUACGAGUGCAGCCACCCGGAUUCGACAAGCCCUGGAACGCUACGACCUGUGGGCUGAUUGCGCGGAACACGAGCAAAAGCUUAUUGUUCUCGAUGGUGAUCUCGUCGAGAGCACUCUAGGCCUAGGGACAGAGCGCUUCAACUGGCUGGCCAACUGGGCAUCAAUAAUAUUCCAUCUCGGAGCUAAAGUGAAUUUCUGUGAAUCGUACCGCGAACACCACAGAUCCAACGUCAUCGGCACCUGCAACGCGCUCCGCCUGGCUGCUGCAGGUCGUCGCAAAGCCUUCCAUUACUUUUCCACUAUCGAUGUUUGGGGCCCAACCGGCCUCAUCCUGGGAACCAAAGAGUUAUACGAGGAUGAACCCUUGAUGCCACACAGCCAGGCCGUACGGUAUGACCUAGGGUACUCGGGCAGCCAAUGGACGGCUGAAUCGAUGGUACGUCGCAUGCGUGACCGAGGUUUACCCACUGUCAUCUACCGGCCAGGGUUCAUCAUCGGAGACAGCGUCACAGGACAUAGCAAUCCGGACGACUUUAUGUCCCGGGUAAUAGUCGGAUGCAUCCAACUGGGCACCUUUCCCAGACUGGACCAACGGCUAGAGUAUGUGACGCUCGACUACGUGGUCUCAGCUGCGAUGCACAUCGCCUCGUCUAACGAGAGCCUAGGACGAUCCUACAGCCUUCUCUCCCCGGAUCAGUCGAACUCAGUCACCGUGGUAGAUACCUGCCGUGUGAUUAAUGAGGCCGGCUAUCCAGUGAAGAUAAUCGACUACAAUGACUGGGUCGAACAGGUCUUCGCAAAGCAACGGCCAGAUGGACCGCUGGCAUCCCUGUUACCAAUGUUCAGGGAGCGUGUGCUCGGGCGAUUGACCCGCUGGGAAGUUAGUCAGUAUACGCCGUAUUAUCGAUCGGAUAAUACGGUCGAGGCAUUGAAGGAUCGGCCUGAUCUCCAGUAUCAACCAUUGGAUGCUCCGUUGCUGAAGAAGUAUAUCUCGUUUUGGAACAGGAAGGGAUUCUACAAGGUGUGA